AUGGGUUUCAAACUAAAGCUAAUUUUCCAGCUAGUGAUAUAUCUUUCAUGGCACCACAUGCCUUGCACAGGCAUUGGCGAGAGAAUUGUGGGUGGCACCUCGGUUACAGAGAAGAAAUACACCUAUUUUGUGCGUGUGAAUUACCAAGAUUUAUUCCUAUGUGGUGGAUCGUUGGUGAGGAAUAAUGCGGUGGUCACAGCAGCUCACUGUGUCAGCGACGCUAACGUAAACCAAUUGCGUAUACACGCGGACACCAUUAGUUUAAGAGAUGUAGGAAUUGUGAGAAAAGUUAAAAAAGUGGUGAUUUCGAAUUUAUACAAUGAACGCACCUCGAACUACGAUGUUGCAGUGUUAAUACUCGCCUCUGCCGUACCAAAUUCUAGUUUCACAGCAAUUCAAUUGCAAAAGACACCAGUGACUGCUGGCACGAAAUGUGUGGUCAUUGGUCAUGGUAGCACAAAGGAAAGUGAAUUUAAUCCGAUACAAUUACAAGAAGUUUGGAUACCGGUGCUGAGUCGUACCGCUUGCCAACGUAGAUAUGCAGGUGUUGCACAUAUUACGCGGUAUAUGCUGUGUGCUUGGGAGUUGGGAAAAGAUUCAUGUGCAGGUGAUUCCGGUGGACCAAUGGUGUGUAAGGGACAGCUAGCUGGUAUUGUAUCCUGGGGUGUUGAAUGUGCGGAUUCCAGAUUUCCAGGCGUUUAUACCGAUAUCAGCAGGGUUUAUACUUUUAUCGAAAGAACGCUUGAGCGGUUUAAGUGAAUUUCAAUAGUUUUUUAAGUAUCAAAUUAUCGAGUAUUUGGAGUGAUUCACUAACGAGUUACUUCAUCUAUGAAAAAUGCAUAUAUCAUAACACAAAUGUAAAAUAAAAGAAAACAGACAUACCACUUUGCAAUAGUAAUAAAUUUUAUCUGACCGGUUUGUCGUAAUAA